AUGAAUGAAAAAGACACUCUAAGUUUAUUACAUACCAAAAGAGAAAGGAUGGCUUAAUUACAUUCUCAAUAAAGUAUAUUUUCAUUUUCUAAUGGAAGUACGUAAUAAGAUUUUCGAAGUGAAAAGAAAGCAGUUUGUAAGAUCAAGAAGUGUAUAAGAAAUAUCAAAAAUGUUAUAAGACUCUUAAUUUUUGAAUGAAGGAUUUACAUCUUUAUUGAAUUUGUUAGAAGAAGAUUAAGAUGAAAUAAAUUUUGCAUAUUUAUUGUUUUAUUGGGGUAUUUUGGAUGAUUUGGUUGAAGUGUUACAUAAUUAUAUGAAAUUAACAGAAUAAUAAUUAGUAUGAAUAUUAUAUAUUAUUAUAUAGGUAGACUUAACAAAAAUGAUAGCUUUUAUAGUAGAAAGUAAAGAUGCUAGUCAUUAUUUCAUAAAUACUAAAGCACCUCAAAUAUUAGAAAUUUUGUUAGCCAAUCAUAAUAAUUUACUUAUUAUUGAACAUGUAUUUAAUGUAAAUAAUUAAGUGUAUAUUAAUAAUUGGUAAUCUAGAGAAAUAUGAGAUAAACAAUUAUUUUUUGACUACUGUUAUUCCUAGACUCAAAAAUUAUUUAUUUAAUUUAAACCCACUUCCUAUAUAAUGUUUAGUUAAUUUCAGUUGGAUGAUAAAGAAUCGUAAUUUACCAAAAUAAGAAGAAAUCUAAAAGGAAUUGAUAUUAUUAUAGAAUGAAGAAAUUUUAUAUGAAGCUAUUCAAUAUUUAGAAACUUUGAAUAUUGAUGCAAAUUUAAUGGGAUAUUUAAUAAUGAAUGUGGAUCUUAUAAAUGAUGUUUAAUAAGUAUAACCUAAAUUGUUACUUAAUUUAAUUUGUUAAAAUCUAAAUAAAGAUAAUGCUAUAAAAGAAAUUACAAAUUUACUUAAUAAAUGUAUGCAGAUGGGUAAACUUAUGAUACUUUAAUGUGCAUUCAAACUUGCUUAAAAUUAUAUGAUUUAAUCAGGAAUGCCUUAUUUUAAUGAAAUUGUUGAAAAAAAGGUUACUUAAUUAUUGAUUAUGUUUGAUCAAGAUAAAAUGAAAAAUUAAGGACUUCUAAGAUCUAUGAUGUAAUAUUUAGAGACAUUCCAUAUCUUGUAUCCAGAAAGUAGAUUUUCAAUAGAAUUUUACACUCGUUUAUUAGACACAAUACAAGUUAGUUAUUUGAGAUUAUUGUCUAUUGUUAUGACUAGAAAUUUAGACUUCAUCUAAAAUAUAGCCAAUAUUGGAGUACAUAAAAGAAGAUUACAGGAACUUGCUAAUAAGAGUAAUGAAGCCAAAGAAUUAUUAAAAAAAAUAUAUUUGUGA